ACGUCAGUGAGGAGAUCUUUCAAAAGUGCGAAUUAUUUCGUUCGUAGAACUUUCCUUCACCAAAGUGUGCAGAAGUUGUAUCGUUUGCUUCCGAAAGAAUAUCCGGAUUUUCCGCAUUCAAAAUGUCCUACGUUGCCAGGAAAGGACCGCGAGUCGCUUCUGCACUCGGGCGAUGGGCCUACAAUCUGUCCGGAUUCAACCAGUACGGACUGCACCGUGACGAUUGUUUGUACGAGGAUAGUGACGUGAAGGAAGCGAUCCGCCGUCUACCGGAGAAAGUGAAGGAUGAGCGCAACUAUCGCAUUAUGCGGGCGUUGAACCUCUCAAUGACCAAGACCAUCCUGCCCAAAGAACAGUGGACCAAGUAUGAGGAGGACUUGAAGUAUCUGGAACCAUACCUGGAGGAAGUCAAGCGCGAGCGGGACGAGAUUGCCAAAUGGGAAGCUAACAAGUAGAUUGUUCCGCUUGGUAGAGUAUUCUUACCUUUGCUUGUAUCUUUAGAAAUGGGUUUUUUGAGAGGGAUGCCCAAUGAAAACGUUGUAACACUUAGCGGAAUAAUAAACUGAAACUGGAACGAAA